AUGGAGAUUCUGCAUCUUUUGAUAUUUUUUACAUUAUUCAAGGGAUCUAUUGCGCAACAAUCGAUAUAUCAUUCUCAUCAACCCGUAUUAUCCACUUUCGGAUUCCAUUGUCUUUAUGCUUAUUUGAUUGAUGAUGAACAGUAUCGUGGUACCACUACCGACAUAACUUAUCAUCUCAUUCCGUACUGUCGACGACCAGCUGACGACGAAGAAUUGAAAUCCGAGUUCUCCGCGAUUUCAUCCAGCAAUAUGUAUAACAGCAUAACGUUUCAUGAUUUAUACAAGAGUAAUGUCACCGUGGAACAAUUACUUCAUUGGAAAGCACCGAUCGAUCUAAUUGAACAUUAUCUAGCGAAAAGUACAGACUCAACGACCGUGUUUUACAACUGUUCUUUGCCAUGGUUUGGUUCUAGAUGUCAAUACAGGUUUGCAAACGAAUCAGCGUCAUCAUUUAGUGACAUUGUUCGACUAAAUUUCUUGACGCGAUUACCCAUUUUCGACGGAGCUCCAACUGAUUUCGACGUUGGCACAUGCUAUCCGUUUUUACCGAAAUGUUUUCCUAAACCUAUACCGGUCUGUCUCGAUUGGCGUCAGAUUUGUGAUGGAAACGUUGAUUGUGCUAACGGUGACGAUGAACAAUAUUGUGAAGCACUAGAAACGAAUGAAUGCCCCAACGACAGUUAUAGAUGUCACUAUAGUGGUGAAUGUGUGUCCUUCACAUUCGUACAAGAUGAACGCAAUAAUGCUGAGUGUCUUGAUGGAACUGAUGAAACAGAAAUCUAUACGGAUGCUAGUGAUAGUCUUGGAAUUUUAUGUUAUACGGUCCCAACGUUUCGGUGUGAGGAACGUACUAGUCGCUUUCCACAUUCUUUUCAAUGUGGCGACGGCCAAUAUAUUCCCUUUCAUCGGAUUGAUUCAUUACUAACUACCGAAUGUCGUAAUGGUCGACAUAUACGAUUCACACGACAUGGCGGCGAUGUAUCUUUGAGUAUUCUGAAUGAAGUUCUGAAGCAGUUUUAUAACUCUACAUUGAGCUCAAUGAUGCUCAUUCUCAAUCAAACGCUGACAGAUCCGCACGCAGUGUAUUCGAUCAUUGCGUGUCCAUCUCCUGGUAGCAAAUGUUUAUCAAAAUGGUUUUUCAAAGCUCUAUUACCCCCAAUAUUUUCUACAUUCUACUUUCUCUACCUACCCGAUCGAUUAUUUCAAGAUUUCUAUUAUGUUGUUGAUCCAGACUUCAUUUGUGUUCGCACAGAAAAGUGUCCUGGAUUGAUCAGACAUGCUACAGAUAUUGGGUUAAAUAGCGUUGGACUCGCUUGUAGCUCUAUCGAUCAGCUGCUGAACGAGUCGUUAAUCAGUACAGGAAUAGUACACAUAGCUUUGCGUGAACUAUUGAGUUAUUGUUCAACAGCUGCAAACGAGCAAACAUGCUCUCAUUCUUCACUCUUUUACUGUCCAUUAUCAAAGAAAUGUAUUUCAAAACACCGCCUUGCUGACGGUAUCUCCGAUUGCUUUUUCAAUGAGGAUGAAACAUAUUCAGCGUGUCAAUUUAAUGACUUACAACGAUUUAUUUGUACAUCUGAACCAAACAAAUGCUUGUCACCAAUAGCAUUAUUUAACGGUAGAAAGGAGUGCAGAGAUGGAGAAGAUGAGUUGAAUGAACAUCAACGAGAUGUUCUCAAUGGAUACGUGCCAGUUAGUCUUGUAUGUGAUAAUAAACUUCAUCCAUUGUUACAAAGCGCAAACGAAACCGAUGAAACCAAUUGUGAACUUUGGCCAUGUAGUAAUCCUUAUACGCAGUGUGAUGGUUAUCAACAUUGUCGGAAUCUUUCGGAUGAAUACAACUGUCCUCGAAUGCAAUAUACCAUAAGUGAAGACAAAUGUUCUAAAACAAUACUUACAGGUCUAUUUUGUAAGCGAAUACUAAAUUUAAUGGAAGAAAAAUUCAAUGCCGAAAUAAUCUAUACUGAACAUAACGACUCUCUGCAAAAUAUUACAAAUAAGAACGUCACAAAGUGUCCUCCACUACCUACAUGUUUCACUCUGCAUACAAUAUGUAACUUCUAUUCACCAUCGACGUCAACUAUCAAUCCAUGUAUGACAACAGAUACACUCUUCUGUUUCUGGGAGCAUUUAUACUGGGGAUCAAUAUUUAAAACACAUAUUUGUCCUUUCAGUUUGUCCAGUGUUAAUACUAAAGCACAGAAAGAAUCGUUCUUCACGCCAUCACGCAUGGGUAAUUUUCCAUCACUAUCGACAACAACAACGUCCAAGAAAAAUCGCUCGAAUAUCGAAUCGCCAACUAAGAUUUCACCACCAAACAGAAACUUUGAAAACUGGUACUGUAAUCGAGGGAUUCUCGUUUGGUUCAAUCAUAGUCAAUCCAGAAAGUGUUUCUGCUCGCCAAGCUACUUCGGUGAUCGAUGCCAAUGGCAAAAUCAACGUGUGAGUUUAACGUUACAACUAGAAUAUCGCACCGAUGCUUUUAUCAACAUUGUGUUUCAACUUGUUAUCAUGCUUCUCGACGAACAACGACGAAUUACAUCGUAUCACGAACAGAUCCUCUAUAUUCCAAAGCAAGACUGUGGCAGAAAAUAUAAUAUUUAUUUACUCUAUCCAACGAAACCAAAGAACCUUUCUGCAAACUACUUUAUACAUAUCGAUGUGUUCAACAAAAUCACAUUGACAUAUUUAGCCAGUUGGCAUUUACCUAUUCCUUUUCCAUUUCUACCAGUCAAUCGAAUUGCAAGUCGCUUCUUCAUACCAACUGCAUCGAUCAUUUCUAAACCGUGUCCUUUAGUCUGUGGUGAACAUGGUCAAUGCGUUCAAUAUGCGAAUGGAAAUCGCUUGUACUUUUGUCAAUGCGAACAAGGAUAUUCUGGUUUAUCAUGUGAUAUAAAGCAUCAGUGCACUUGUUCAUCUAACUCUAUUUGUCUUUCUUCAUCGAUUUGUGUUUGUCCAGUGACUCAAUUCGGUCCAAGAUGUUAUCUCAAUCGUUCCAUCUGUCGAACAAAUCCAUGUCAAAAUCAUGGCGAGUGUGUGCCUGUUGACGAUCGAAUUGAAUUCAACAAGUUUAUCUGUUUAUGCAAACAGAAUUUCUACGGACCGGUAUGUGAAUAUCACAAAAAUCGAAUUGAUAUUCAAUUUGACAACAACAAACUCAAUCUCAUGCCAUUUAUCUACAUCCAUUUCAUCACCGCUUCUGAAUUUCAGCCUCAUCAACAAACAACACAAUUGAAAAAGAUAAAUAUUGCACAGAAUUUUGUCACAGUUUAUGCCAGCUACUCAUUUCAUCUCGCAUUCAUCGAAUUGCCUGAUCGUACAUAUUACUUAAUCAUAUCGAAAGAGAAAUCCAUCGAUGCCGAACAUAUUCAAACAAAUGUAGUGAUGAAUCAUCGAUGUCCGAAUCUCACUCAAUUAACAAAUUCAACUUUUGCCAAUGACUUAUUUCUUCAUCGUGUAAAGUUUUACCCUCUAUUAUGUCAACAGAAUCAAAAUCUCAAAUGUUUUCAUGACGAAAAACAUAUGUGCAUUUGUGAUUUGGAUCGUUUCUCCAAUUGCUUUACAUUCAAUACCUCGUCGUCACACGACUGCCAAGGAGAGAAUAUUUGCGAACAUGGUGGCCAGUGUUUUCAAGAUAAUUCGAAAUGUCCCGUCCAAUCAGUGUGUUCGUGUUCAGAAUGUCACUAUGGAACGAAGUGUCAAUUCUCAACAGAACGUUUCGUCUUUUCACUUGACUCAAUUCUCACUUAUCAUAUUCAACCGAAUGUAUCAAUUAAUCAACAAUUAAUUAUUAUUAAAAUAUGUAUUUUCAUCACAACAAUCAUGCUUGCCUUUGGAUUGGUCAAUGGUCUGUUGUCUGUUACAGCAUUUCGUAUGAAAGGCAUUAACAAAACUGGUUGUAACGUGUAUCUUCUAGUUUCAUCUUGGAAUUCCUUGGCUUUAAUCAUUAUCUUCUAUGCGAAGUUUUGGCAUUUACUUUUCGCACAGAUGGCAGCGAUAACGAAUAAACUUUAUCUAACGGCAAAUUGCAUAUUGUCCGAUAUGUUGAUGAAUGUUCUCAUUACAAGUAAUGAUUGGCUUUACGGAUGCGUUGCAAUCGAACGAGUUUUUACUGUUUCCAAAGGUGUCAAAUUUAAUCAAGUGAAAAGUAAAACGUUUGCCAAAUGGAUUAGUUUGUGUGUAUAUCUAAUGACAAUUUUGACACGUAUUCACGAUCCUCUUCAUCGUCAUUUGAUAGAUGAUACUGACGUUGAUCAACAACGAACAUGGUGCAUUGUUCAAUAUUCUACUGCUAUGAAGACGCUCAAUCUUUUCAUUACUUUUUUCCAUUUUUUCGUGCCCUUUUUGAUUAAUUUCAUCUCAACAUUUACCAUUAUCAUUUUGAUUGCUCGCUCACGUUCAACGAUUCAGCGUCAAACAACAUUUAAAAAUCAUCUCAAACAACAAUUCCACAAAUUCAAACAUCAUCUGAUUGCCUUAUCCGUUGUGUUCAUUUUAACACUACCACGUCUCGUCAUUUCAAUUAUUAGUGGAUGUAUGAAGUCAUCAACAGACCCGUGGCUACUUCUUCUCGGUUAUUUCAUGUCAUUUAUUCCGUCUAUGAUGACAUUUGUCGUUUUCAUAUUGACAGCGCAGAAAUACAAACAACAAUUUCGUACGACCAUACAGCAAACUGUUCGACAAAUUCGCACUCGUUUUACUUGA